UUUAAGCCAAAAAAGAAUUAGUGCUUGUUGUGAGUAGGUCUUAUACAGUCGGACUCAGACAGGUGAAGAAAGAACAGUGUGUAGCAGCUGCUAGAAAGCAAGGGUUUAAGAAAUGGUCACUGAGAGUGACAAAACCGCGACAUUGACGAUGAUGUCGAACAAAGUUCGACUCCGAUUAUUGUUCGAUGAUCGCAACAUGCUGAGUAAGUCAAAGAAGAAAGAAGGGUUGAAAUGUUGUUGGUUUCUUCUCAAACCCCAUCUCACCACCAUCUCCGAUCUCGCCUCUCAUAUCCUCGCCGUUUUCCGCCUCCACCGCAAUUGUCCCGAUGGAAUCACCCUCUCGAUGGAUGGCUUUGUUUUACCAUCAUUUGAGUCCACUUGUAUUUUGAAGGAUAAAGACAUUGUGUGUGUGAAAAAAAAAGGAAGUAUGUUAACUGGUAGUAAACCUGCAAUGCUGCCAUCUGAAACUCACGAGAAUCAGUUGAUUGAGCUUCCAAAACUUCUCGCAAUCGAGGGGUUUCAGGAGAAGAGGGAAGAAUAUGAAACAAUAUCUGAAGAUGAUGAUGAUGACAAUGAUCAGUCUGAAGAUGUGGUUAAUGUGGAAUCUAAACUGGAUGGGAAUGCAACCUCAAAGAAGAGAAAAGCAUCGAAGAAGCUCAAGAGCCCUAGUAAGAAGAAGAUUAAGAUGUCUACCACCGAAAACUUAGCAGACAUUCCCGAGGCCCAUGAGGAGGAAAAUGGAAGUGUUAAAGACUGCACUCACCGCAAAGCGAGUCUUGCCAAGAAGGACAUCGGCAAGUCAUCCACUUUAUCUUGUCAGAAAAAUGACAAAAGUGGGUCAACAAGCGAGGAAACCAGGUCUCUUCAACCUCAAGAUGAAGGCGAACCUAAAAAGUUGCCCAGUAGAAGUGCUCGACGGAAAAAGGCCAAGAGAAAAUGGUUGAGGGAACUAAAAUUAAAGGAGAAGGAAAAGGAAAAGGAAAAGGAGAACGAGAAUGAGAAGGACAAGCUUCAUCCGAGUCAGGUGCUUGAAAAAGAUGAUCAACAAAUACCCAUCAAAGAUAAUAAUGGCAAAGUUUCUGACGUGCGUCAACAAUCCAAUGAAGAAAGUGAAGCAGACGACGACAUGGUUCCUGUGGAGAUCAGGCCAGGGCACAUUCGGUUUCAGCCCCGUGGAAAAGAUCUUGCAGCGCCGGAGAAUCAGCUCCCAGUGGACACAUUUCAGUGGAAUGGUACUACCAGCAAGAAGAAGGGUCAGAAAUGGGGUAAAGAGAGAACCUCAUCCCAUAAACAGGACGACUAUGAACCAUCCAGCCAAGACGGUCAUGCUGCUCAGUGGAGGGGUACUGUCAGCAAGAAGGACCCAAAAUGGGGUAAAGAGAGGACCUCAUCCCAUAAACAGAAUGACUAUGAGCAAUCCAGCCAAGAUGGUCGUACUGUUCAGUGGAGUGGUACUGCCAGCAAGAAGAAGGACCAGAUAUGGGGUAAAGGGUGGACCUCAUCCCAUAAACAGGAUGACCAUGAGCAAUCCAGUCAAGACCGUCCUACUGUUCAGCGGAAUGGUACUAUCAGCAAGGACCAGAAAUGGGGUAAAGAGAAGACCUCAGCCCAUAAACAUGACCAUGAGCAAUCCAGUCAAGACCGUCCUACUGUUCAGUGGAAUGGUACUAUCAGCAAGGACCAGAAAUGGGGUAAAGAGAAGACCUCUGCCCAUAAACAGGAUGAUUGUGAGCAAUCCAGUCAAGACCGUCCUACUGAUCAGAAUGCUGGGAAAAAACGGACAUUUGAUGCAGUAGAUUUUGAAAAGCUUACACCUUAUACAGACUUGCCUAAGGAAGGCAAUGUUAUUGCUUAUCGACUGAUUGAAUUAUCAGAAUCUUGGACUCCCGAGCUCUCCUCCUUCAGAGUUGGGAAAACAACGCAGUAUGAUAGUAAAUCAAAUAGGAUAUGGCUGCAGCCAGUUUCGGAAUUUCCAUUUGAUUUUUGGAAGAAAAUAGAUGACAUGGAUGAAGACGGGUCACCUUCACAGUCUGACCCAUCCCCUUACCAGGAAGAUGGUUCUUUAGAGAUAGAUUAUGCAUCUCUUGCUGAUGUUCGAAUUAUUAAGCAUGGCCACUCUGAUUUGGCAACGGUAGUUGCUCAUAGCGAUGCUUUUGUAACUCCAACAAAAGCAACUAACAAUAGCACUGAUGAAAAACCUGCGGAUAAUGAAACUGCUGCGGGAAGCUCGAAGCCACAAAUAGAGGGUCAUGUCACUGCUAAAGAAAAUGGGGAAGUCAAUGUUUGGGAUGAAAUCAACGAGGCAUUAAAAGCAAAGAAGACCAGGCUGUCACAGGAGGAUCGCUGGAAGAAAGAAGGUGAUAGUUCAGAGAAUAGGUCAUGGUCUCAGAGAGCCUUGAGAUGCAGUGCACUUGGUCCCACAAUGGCACUUUUAAGAUCGCAGAACGGCUUUAAGAAAUAAUCAUACACCUGGGCCUUAUUUACUGCAUGUCCCUUUUCCGCAGAUUAGUAUUACAUGUUUUUUUGGGGGUAUAUAUAUAUAUAUAUAUAUAUAUAUGAACAAAUUUCCCAUAUUUCCAUCUGUAAUGCAAGCUACAUGUCCUGAUUUCAGUAUGCUAGUGGGAAAAAUAUUUGGGGGCUUAUUUAUCGUUCAACUUUUGGUGUUAGUAGGUGCAUUCCUCCUGAAAAUGAAGCAGAAAGUCGAAUCAACUGCUUGACAAAAUGUAGACAUGAUUGCUUCCCAUUUAAAGUGACAAACAUAAUUUAUUGCUGUUAA